UGAUAUUAAGUGAUAGACAAACGUCUUUAUUAGUGAUAGAUUACUUAAGAAGUAGUUGUCUUGUUCGAGGUAUUGAGAAUGUGUGUGUUGAAAGUUGUUGAUCUUAAGAACAGUAGCUGACAAGUGGACUCUUCUAAGGCAGUGUUUUGUUGAACUCAAAUUUUACCAGAUGCUUAUGAAUACCGAAUCUGUCAAUUUAAUGAGUCAGAUAAAAGAGGAAAUUCAGAGCCAAUCACAGAGUUUGAAGCAACUAUUCGAUUGAAAAUAAAAACUAAGGCAGAAGCAAAGUUAUGGAUAAAAGAUUUGGAGAGAACAUCUGCUGUGACAUGGCGAGUUGACAAGACCUAUCCAAUAUGUGGAGGCAAGAAAACUCAAAAUGUGUAUCGAAUUGACAUGAGAUGCCAACAUAGAACUUAUUCAAGAUCUCCAACUGCUGACAAGAAGGCCUCCUCCAAAAAUACUUGUUGUCCUGCGAAGAUGUUUCUUGUGGUAAAACGAACUCAUAUGGCAAGUGGUAAAUUAUCUCAGUCAACAGAUGAAUAUUUACAAGAAUUUCCCACUCGUGUUUACUUGGACUUCAGACACAAUCAUCAGCUCCUUUCGCCAGAAAUUCUUCGCAAAAGAGAUGUGUCUGAGGAAACUGUGCAAAAAUUGACAGAGCUCUACAAGAAAGGACACACUCCAUUAUCUGCUUUAGAAGUAAUCAAACAUGAUCUCCAGGCAGAUUAUGGAGAUCAGUAUGUCUUUGUUGCUGCAGAUAGAUCAAAAUGCCCUGACAAGCAGUUUUGUUACCGGCUCUACUACAAACUUUUCUGCCCUAAAUAUCCAAAAUCAUUUGGGAAAAAAAUGUUAUUAGAGCUACAGGGGCAUUUAAAGCCUUUUUGUGAAAAAUAUGAUUCUCACUGUGCAAGCAUUGAAAAAACUGAAGAAGAUAAUAUUAUCAUUGCAAUUUGUUCUCCAAAACACAGAGUGAUACAAAAUGAAAAUAGUGAAGACAAUGGCCAAAAAGGUCUUUUAUCAGUGUCUCAAGGUAAGCAGUCACUUAAUGUAGAACAUUCUUCAUCAAACCUACACAUGGAAAGUUCUCCACCUCACUUACAUUUUAAUCAGUGUCAUUCUCAGAGUGAUUUACUGGCUGAGGGCCUUAAAACAGUGUUUGAUGAUUUGCUGUCCAAAUUAGAAUGUAGUCCAGAUAUCUACCUCAAACCUUUAGAGGCAUUUUUGAAAAACUGUCAAAAUAUUAAAAAAGACAAUGAUUUAGUAAGUGCCUUGCAAACAUUUGGUCAGUACUCGAGUGUAACCAUGGCUAUAUCGAGCACCCUAAAGCGUCAGCACUCGGCAGAUCCUUAUAAAUUGGAUCCAACAACCAUUAUCUGUGCAAAGAAGACGAAGGGAACACGACGUCGGUUAAUUACGGCACGACCAAUCUCUCGCCAAACAAUGUCCCACCAUGAAAACAACAAUUCCGAAAGAGAGGUAUCAGUUCACAAGUUAUCGGCUCAGGAGGUAUCAGUGUAUGAUGAACCAGCUCAUGAAGUAUCAGCACAUGAGGUACCAGCUCAUGAGGUUUCUGUUCAUGGGGUAUCAGUUCACGAGGUAUCAGCACACGAGAUAUCAGCUCAUGAGAUAUCAGCUCAUGAGAUAUCAGCUCAUGAGGUUGCAGUUCAUGAGGUUUCAGCACCUGAGGUAUCAGUCCAUGAGGUAUCAGCACAUGAAGUAUCAGCACAUGAGGUAGCAGCGCAUGAAGUAUCAUCUAAUGAAAUAUCAGCUCAGCUAUCAGCUCCUGAAAUAUCGUCACAUCAAAUAUCAGCUCACCAUAUACCAGCACACCACAUACAAGCUCACCAAGUAUCAGCUCACUAUAUAUCAGCUCACCAUGUAUCAUCUCACCAUGUACCAGUUCGCACUAUACCUCAACAUAAUAUGCAUUUGCAUCCUACACACAUUACUUUCUGCACACCUCCACAAAGAAGAUCAUAAGUCAUUUAGAGGAAACUGGAGUAUAUUAGAUGAUCAUAAAUGCCUAGCAAUUCAGGUACUGUAAAUUUAGUAAUGGUCAUAUAUAAAUUGUAAGGUUUAACCUAAUAUUUUCCAGUUUCUUCUUGAGCUAUAUAUACAUAAGUUGAUUUAUUUUACUAAUUUUACAGAAAUGCAAAUAUUGGGAUGGAUGGGGUUCUGUUACCAAAUAUAAAUAUUACUGUAUAUUGUAUAUACACUUGACACUUGAAAUUUUUUUCAAUGUAAAUUAUGAUUAAUUUAGAGACUGUGUUAAUCAGAUUUGAAAUUUUUAUUAAGUUAAGUAGAGCAGUGAUUAGCAGUGGUUGAAGCUUGAGUGAAUUAAGCAUGGCACAGUAAAGGGGGAGUGGGUGGCUGAUAAUGGCAAUUGCAGUAGAUAGAGAUAUGGUUCUGCCAUGAUGACAACAAAAGACAGUUCUGUAACCAGCAAACUUUAUUCAUUGUUUCUAAAUCACUUGACCCAGUGGAUUUUGGCCCAUAUUUCCAAAAUCUGAUAAAACUGAGGUCUGUUAUAUUGCAGGUUUACUGAGAAUUACCAUACCUAUUUGAAUUUGUGGGGAGGGAGGCUAACUCCAGUUCUUAGUCCCACCUCUUAAUAUUUAACUGACUGAUGCCAAUGAGUCUUGUUAUGUCUGUUCUUGAGCCCAUUCAAAAUCCCUGUAAACUUACCAUGUAGAAUUAUGAAGCAUCACAAAGAAAUUGAUUAAGCAGAUUAGAAAAAAAUGAUCAUACAGUAAAUGGGUUGGUACUGUCCCUACAGGCAAGGGUUUAAGGUUAAUGAUGCUAAAUAAUGUGAAGGGUGGGAAGCACCAGUGGCAUAAUAACACAAGCGCUGGAGGUUAUAUUUGUUUCAAUCCUAGUUUUUUAACACACCGGUCAUCUCCCACUGAAGCAGGGUGAUACGAAAAAAAAACAUUCACCAUCAUUCACACUUACUGGCUUACCAGAGGUGUGCAUAUACGUACUACAGUUUAGAUGUCCCUCAAAGCAGCAAAUAUCCCAAACCCCAAGUAAUAGUACUAUAAAUUAUUUGGUUUGAUAAGAAUUAUGCACUCCGUAGCCAUCCUGUGGGUGGUAGUUAAAAAAUUACAGAAGCACAUCAUGAAUCUAGGAACUGUACCGCAACAUUUGUUUUUCUUAGUUUUUUUAUAAUUUGUUCCCAUUCACUUCUGAUGAUGCUAAGUGCAAAUGCAGUUUUACAGAGAAAAUUUUAAUUUGCUUAAAUUUAUGAGUGGGUAGCACAAGCACCCAGAGAUUAUUGUGUCUUAACUGACCCAUUCAAGGAUGAUUAUUGUAACAUUAAAAAAGAACUGCUAAACCUAUGUUGGUCAUUCAGCAUUGCUUCAAGGAGGUACCUUGAUGCUGGUGAAGGGCUCUUGAUUCAAGACUCAGGGAGGUACGUAGAUGUUGGUGAAGGGCUCUUGGUCUAGCGAAUUGGAGUUACUCUUCUCGUUCUCAGAUCAAACUUGGUAACUUCCCAUUUCCCAGGCUGUGUGUGACCCUUACAGGUUAAGCACUGCCACAGAAAUGUAAUAUAUAUAUAUAUAAAUAUGUGGCUAUAGGAGGGUGGGUGCAGGAGGAAAGAGGAGUGAUUGGUGGAAUGAUGAGGUAAGGUGUGAUAAAAAAGAAAAAGGUCACUUAUGAGAGGAUUUUACAAAGCAGAAGUGAUAUAAGAAGGGCAGAGUAUAUGGAGAGUAAAAGAAAGGUAAAGAGAGUAGUGAGAGAGUGCAAAAGGAGAGCAAAUGAUAGAAUGGGAGAGGCAGUGUCAAGAAAUUUUGCUGAGGAAAAGAAAAUUUUUUUUAGAUAAACAGGCUAAGAAAUCUUGGGGAACGAAUGGAUUUGUCAGUUAAAAACAAAGUAGAGGAGUUAGUAGAUGGGGAGCUGGAGGUAUUGGGUAGAUGGCAGGAAUAUUUAUUUUGAAGAACUUUUAAAUGUUGAUGAAGAAAGGGAGGCAAUAAUUUCAUGCACUGGCCACGGAGGUAUAACAUCUUCUAGGAGUGAAGAAGAGCAGGAUGUGAGUGUGGGGGAGGUGCCUGAAGCAUUAUGUAGAAUGAAAGUGGGUAAAGCAGCUGGAACUGAUGGGAUCAUGACAGAAAUGUUACAAGCAGGGGCAGGGGGGG